UCGCGCCCCGCUCGCGCCGCGCUGCAGCCGCCGCCACGGCCGCCGCGGGCGCGCAUUGUGCGGAGAAGCGGCCGAGGCGAGCAGCGCCGGCCGCACGCGCGUCGGCCUCCUCGCGCAGAGGCUCGCCCGGCCGCCGGCCCGGCCCCCGCGCCUCCCCCUGUGCGGGCUGGGCGCCGAGGACGGCCGGCAUGGCCUGAGUGUCGGCGGCGCCUCGGCCGAGCAGCGGGGUUGCGCCAUGGGGAACCAGGACGGGAAGCUGAAGCGCAGCGCAGGUGAAGCCCUGCACGAAGGCGCAGGCGGCGCCGAGGAUGCCGUUGGGCCCAGGGAUGUGGAAGCCACAAAGAAGGGGAGCGGGGGCAAGAAGGCGCUGGGCAAGCACGGCAAGGGCGGAGGGGGCGGCGGCGGGGAGCCGGGCAAGAAGAAGAGCAAGUCGGAAUCCAGAGCCUCCGUGUUCUCCAACCUGCGGAUCAGGAAGAACCUGUCCAAGGGGAAGAGCACCGGCGGCUCCCGCGAGGACGUGCUGGACGCCCAGGCCCUGCCGGCCGGGGAGCUGGACAGCGCGCACUCUCUGGUCACCAAGACGCCAGACCUCAGCCUCUCGGCCGACGAGACGGGCCUGUCGGACACCGAGGGUGCCGACCCUUUCGAGGUAACCCGCCCGAGGGACCAUGGACCCGCCGAGGCUGGGGGUGGGGGCAGGGUGGUCUUGGAGGGUUUGGAGACCGCCGCGGGGACGCAGGACGGACAAAGGACCAGUUCGGGCUCGGACACGGACAUCUACAGCUUUCACUCGGCCACGGAGCAGGAGGACCUGCUUUCAGACAUUCAGCAGGCGAUCCGCCAGCAACAGCAGCAGCAGCUGCUGCUGCUCCAGGGCCCCGAGGAGCCUGCGGCGCCCUGCACAGCCGCCUCCCCCCAGCCCGGGGCCUUCCUGGGCCUGGACCAGUACUUGCUGGGCUCCAGCAGCGCAUCCGGGGGCGCCCCUCGCAGUCCGGACACGGAGCAGGCGCUGCCUGCGCGCUCGGAGCUGCCCGGCAGCCUGGUCCCCGCGCCCCGGGCGCCCGAGCAGCCCCCGCCCCCCGGCGGCCCCGGGGCCUCGGCGGAGCCCGGCCUGCCCGUGGACCAGCCCACGGCCGCAGACUCGCCCUCCUCCACCGCCUUCGCGUUCCCCGAGUCCGCGCCGGGAGAGGGCUCGGCCGCGGCCGCCGGGCCAGGGGCUGGGGACACUGACGAGGAGGGCGAGGAGGACGCAUUUGAGGAUGCCCGCCGAGACUCUCCGGGGGAGGCGUGGGGCCUGGGGCUGGGAGAGGGGCCUCCGGCGCCGGGGGCAGAGCCCGAGGGGGAGCCCGGCAGGCCCAGCGCCCCGGCGGCGGCCUCCCUGCCCAGCAGCCCCGCGCCCAGCCCGCGCUGCUUCAAGCCCUACCCGCUCAUCACCCCCUGCUACAUCAAGACCACCACGCGGCAGCUCAGCUCGCCCAACCACUCUCCCUCCCAGUCCCCCAGCCAGAGCCCCAGGAUCAAGAGGCGGCCGGAGCUCUCCCUGAGCCGGGGGCCCAGAGCCGCCCUGGUCUCGGCCGCCGCUCCAGCCAAGAAGCACCGGGCUGACGGCGGCCUCGCCUGCGGCCUCAGCCGCUCCGCCGACUGGACCGAGGAGCUGGGCGGCCGCGCGCCCCCGGCCGGGGGCUCCGCGCACCUGCUGGAGCGCGGGGCGGCCUCGGAGGGGAGUGGGGGGGCGCCCGCCGCGCAGGCCGCCAAGGUGUCUGGGGCGCCGGCGGCUGCGGACGGUUUCCAGAACGUGUUCACAGGGCGAACUCUGCUGGAGAAGCUCUUCAGCCAGCAGGAGAACGGGCCUCCAGAGGAAGCCGAGAAGUUCUGCUCCCGGAUCAUUGCCAUGGGUCUCCUACUUCCCUUCAGUGACUGCUUCCGGGAACCGUGUGAUCGGAACGCCCAGUCCAGCUCAGCUCCGUUUGAUCAAGAUCAACUUUACACCUGGGCUGCGGUCAGCCAGCCCACUCACUCACUGGACUACACGGAAGGGCAGUUUCCCAGGCGAGCCUCGUCCGUUCGGCCACCAUCGAAGCCUCCUGAUGAAGAACAUGGGCUGAAGGCUGCUGAAACAGAAUCUCAGUCUGCUGUUUUGGAAACUCCAAAAAAAAGUUCAGAUGCUGUUGAGCGGGAAGUUCUUGACAUGAAGUCUGAAGGACAAGCAACUGUCAUUCAGCAGCUGGAACAGACCAUCGAGGAUCUGAGGACCAAGAUAGCCGCACUGGAGAAGCAGUACCCUGCCCUGGAUGUGGACGUGGCCAGCGGCCAUCACGGGGCUCAGAAUGGAGUGGCACCCUUAGAAGGUGUCUGUCUUGAAGCUCUCAGGUUAGGAGAAAAGGACGUACGUCAUGAAAGGAUUUUACAGGCAAAGUCCAUCCAGACGUCCCCGACGGAAGAGGCUGGGAGACCAACACUGCCUUCUGUUUACGCACAACCGGAGUGUCCUCCCUGCCCCCCAGGGCCUGACCAUGGAGACUCAGCUCUGCCCUCCUCACCUUCUGGACCUCAGACAAAGUUCUGCUCCGAGAUCUCUCUGAUUGUGUCUCCAAGGCGAAUAUCAGUACAGCUUGACACACAUCAACCCCCCUUGCCUGCACCACCUCCGUCCCUUCCGUGGUCCGACAGUCAAAGACAGGCCGGGUCACAGCCUUCCCACCCUUCUCUUCAUACCGAGUUUGAAACCAGCCAGCAGCACUCUGUUUUCUCUUCCUUUGAAAACAGCCAUAGCAUCCGACCCUCACCACCUCUGCCUUGUAUAGAGUCUUCCGGCUCCAUGCCUGGAACGGGCAUGAUGCUCCCCCCACCUCCCCCUCUCCCUGGCACAACAGGGCCUGCUCCUCCCAGUACAGCCGUCCCCCCGCCUCCUCCUCCGCCUGGUACAGAAAUGCUACCACCACCUCCUCCCCCUUUGCCUGGUGUGGGAAUACCUCCUCCCCCUCCUCUUCCUGUAGUGGGGAUACCUCCUCCCCCUCCUUUGCCGGGUGAGGGAAUACCUCCUCCCCCUCCCCUGCCAGGUGAAGGAAUACCUCCUCCCCCUCCCCUUCCCGGAGUGGGGAUACCCCCUCCCCCGCCUCUUCCCGGAAUGGGGAUACCCCCUCCCCCGCCUCUUCCUGGAGUGGGGAUACCCCCUCCCCCGCCUCUUCCCGGAGUGGGGAUACCCCCUCCCCCGCCUCUUCCCGGAAUGGGGAUACCCCCUCCCCCUCCUCUUCCCGGAGUGGGGAUACCUCCUCCCCCGCCUCUUCCCGGAAUGGGGAUACCCCCUCCCCCGCCUCUUCCCGGAGUGGGGAUACCUCCUCCCCCUCCCCUACCAGGUGAAGGAAUACCUCCUCCCCCACCUCUUUCCCAGGUGGGAAUACCUCCUCCCCCUCCUUUGCCUGGACUUGGGAUUCCUCCACCUCCUCCUCUGCCAGGUAUGGGGAUCACAUCUGUUCCAGCCCCCCCUGCCACUUCUGGGACAGGCAUUCCCCCACCCCCUCUUCUUCCUGGAUCAGGCCCUCCCCUCCCCCCUCAAGCUGGAAGUAGCACUUUAUCAGCACCACAAGUGUGUGGCUUUCUUCCUCCUCCGUUGCCAGCUGGCUUGUUUGGAUUAGGGCUCAACCAAGACAGAGGGAGUAGGAAGCAGCCAGUAGAGCCUUGUCGGCCCAUGAAGCCUCUGUAUUGGACGAGAAUUCAACUUCAUAGUAAAAGAGACACCAGUGCUUCACUUAUUUGGGAAAAAAUUGAAGAGCCAUCCAUAGAUUGUCAUGAAUUUGAGGAAUUAUUUUCUAAAACUGCUGUGAAGGAGAGGAAAAAACCCAUUUCUGACACCAUCACAAAGACCAAGGCUAAACAAGUGGUCAAGUUAUUAAGCAACAAAAGAUCACAAGCAGUUGGAAUAUUAAUGUCUAGCCUUCAUUUAGAUAUGAAAGAUAUACAACAUGCUGUUGUGAACUUGGACAAUUCUGUGGUUGAUCUGGAGACCCUUCAAGCUCUCUAUGAGAAUAGAGCACAGUCAGAUGAACUGGAAAAAAUUGAGAAGCACGGCCGGUCCUCCAAAGACAAGGAGAACGCCAAGUCUCUGGACAAGCCCGAACAGUUCCUUUAUGAACUGUCCUUAAUCCCCAACUUCUCAGAGCGAGUCUUUUGUAUUCUGUUCCAGUCCACGUUUUCAGAAAGCAUUUGCUCAAUUCGUCGCAAACUGGAGUUGCUGCAGAAAUUGUGCGAGACAUUAAAAAAUGGCCCAGGGGUUAUGCAGAUCCUGGGUUUGGUUCUUGCUUUUGGCAACUACAUGAACGGUGGGAAUAAGACUCGAGGACAGGCAGAUGGCUUCGGAUUAGACAUUCUUCCAAAGCUGAAAGAUGUCAAAAGCAGUGACAAUAGCAGAAGCCUUUUGUCCUAUAUUGUUUCCUAUUAUCUUCGAAAUUUUGAUGAGGAUGCUGGAAAAGAACAGUGCGUUUUUCCACUGCCAGAACCCCAGGACCUUUUUCAGGCCUCACAGAUGAAGUUUGAAGAUUUUCAAAAAGAUCUCAGAAAACUAAAGAAAGACUUGAAAGCCUGUGAAGUGGAGGCGGGAAAAGUAUUCCAGGUGUCCUCAAAAGAGCACAUCCAGCCCUUCAAAGAAAAUAUGGAACAAUUUAUCAUUCAAGCUAAAAUUGAUCAAGAGGCAGAAGAAAACUCACUGACAGAGACUCAUAAAUGCUUUUUGGAGACGACAGCCUAUUUCUUCAUGAAGGCAAAACUUGGAGAAAAGGAGGUGUCCCCGAAUGUUUUCUUCAGUAUCUGGCAUGAAUUCAGCUCUGACUUUAAAGACUUUUGGAAGAAAGAGAACAAACUCAUUCUACAAGAAAGAGUAAAAGAAGCUGAAGAGGUCUGCAGGCAGAAAAAGGGAAAGUCACUUUAUAAAAUAAAACCAAGACAUGACUCUGGAAUUAAAGCAAAGAUAAGCAUGAAAACCUGAACAAUGAGAAGCAGAAUAAAUAUGAGUCACUGUAACCACUUCCACAAAAUUCAGCUGACCUGAGGGCGGGAAGGAAGCUACAUCAAUUUGUUCAUUUUUCCUCUUGACCUCUUGCAUAAUCUUUGUGUUUUCUAAACAGUUCACUGAUUGUUGAAUUUUACUGUAUAUUCAUAAAAAUGCAAAAGCAGUAGACCAGUGGAGAAUUUGACACCUUUUCUUUUUUGUAAAGUUUAUGGUAUUAUAUCGAUAGACCAAAACAACAGCAUGUAUAAAGAGGCAAUAUUUCCAUUAAUGCUGAACAUGCUAAAUGUUAACCUAAAAUUUACUUUUGUGAGAAUAUUCCUUGUCCCAGCAAAACACUUUCCUUUCUACUGACAACCAGUACUCCUUAUCACUGCAUUGAGAUUUAUGGUUAAAAUGUUAUUUCUAGUGAAUCGUUUGUAUCAGUUCCAUGUCCACAUAUAAAUUUUCUAUUUUAAAAUUUAAGUUCCAUUUAUAUAUCAUGAUCAAGGCUUUCCCAAUUCUUGGGUUGCUCUCCCUAACUAUAUAUUUGUGAAAGAAGAUUAUCAUUUUUUAUUCAAGUCAGAUAAUGAAUAGAAGAAAUAUAGCAAAAGAGGUAAGCCCUUUCCUAUAAAUCAUCUAAUAUAGGCAGGAAUCAGAGUUUUAAGUUUAAUGAGGGCUUUUAUCAGCCUGUGUUGAGACCCUAUAUAAAGCUAAUGUUCAACUAAAAUAACCUAAAGGUGUGCCUCUGUAUAACUUUACCAUUGGCCUUCACAAAGAGAACAUGAUUCCAUAUUUUGAAGGAAUUUAAUAAACGAUGCUCAUAAAGUUGCCAAACAUGACUAAUUGUUGGCCAAAAAAGGGGGUGAGAAAGUGAGUUCUUGGAUGGAUUGACAUCUGUUACUUAAACAUACUACCUGCCUGAGUAUUUUUACAUGACUGGGAUUGUCUUUAUGUGUUAUAGCAGGUGAUGAAAGGCUGUAAAAUGAGUAUAUAAGGACUUGUUAUCUGAAGGAGCUUAGGAAAGGAUUUUCUUUUAUUUCACUUAGAGGGGUAAAAGAAAAGUAAAUCUCCCACUCUUCGUGAGAGUAGGUUCACAUCGUCUCAUGAUGCGUCGUGGUGGUUUUGUCUAACACGAACAGGCGGGUUUUUAAAAAUUCUUUUGAUUGAUAUUUGUUGGAGGUUAUGGUGGUUGAUAUUUCUCGCUAUUGGAAACCAACUGAAAAGAGAAAAUGUUCCAAAUCAUAACUACGUUUGCGUUUAUGUAAAGUACGGUCUCUUACCUUUUAGUUUGUAGUUCAAGCGCACAGAAACAGUGGACUUGGGUUGUCGUUCUGUAGUCUUCUGUCUCCGUCAGCUCCUCUCAUGUGUAUAUUCCCAUUCUUCACUGAAAUAAUAGGGCAUUUAACAAAGAUCGCCAUGUGCAAUACUGUAUUUAGUGUUUCUAUUGCAAUUUUUCUAGGAUGUUAAUUUAUAUGAAAAUAAAAUGAAUAAUA